CUCGCCUCCCGCCGUUCUGUCGUGGGAGGAGAAAUGAUGUACUGUGGCUUUAAGGCCAAGCCUACCGUACGUCCACAAAUAAAGACUGCUUCCUGUCAGUCCUGUCACCACUUAUAUGCGGAUCGACCAUUACACUUGGAGCCCACGCAACAAGAAAGUGUAAGGACAGACAUGGUUGACUCGGAACAGGUCCUGGGCUGUAAGGCCCCGAUGGGGCUGGUCCUGGUGCUUCUCCUUUCCAGCCUGCUGGGGCCUCUGGGACAAGUACAAGCUCAAGAUUGUGAGAAACCUAUGAGAGACACCAUGACUUUAACAAAUGAAUACAUCCAGAAAGAGCAUUUUCUCAGCGGAUCAUUUGUAACAUUUAAGUGUGCAACGGGAUACAGGAGUACUGGAGGAUCUGGUAAAACCACUUGUGAGGCUGGGACAUGGACACCUUCGACACUUGGAUGCGAGAAGUUUAAUUGUGGGAGCCUCGAGCUAGUUAACGGGCAUGUGGAAUACAGUGAAGGAACCUCAUUUGGGAGCGUGGCUAUAUUCUCCUGCAACGACGGGUACAUUUUGGAGGGCAAGAAUUUAACCUGUGGAAAUACAGCAUGGCUAGGCAGAACGCCGACCUGUUCAGUUGUAAAAUGUGAAUCACCGCCUUCAGUUGAUAAAGCUGACGGUCCAUCUCCAAAACGGGAUUUCUAUGAUUUUGCAAGCGUUGUGAAAUACAAAUGUCAGAAGGAUUACACCAUCAAUGGCUCACCAUCACUUAAAUGUUCAAGCAAUGGAAAAUUCACACCAAAUCCUCCAACUUGUUUAAUGGUUCGCUGCAAAGCGCCGUUUAUUCCAAAUGGUUCGCAAAAGUCUGGAGCCCGCCCUCCGUAUGACUACAGGAGUUUUGUUGAGUACGAAUGUAACCCUGGAUUUAAGAUGGAAGGGGAGGGGGCCAUGACCUGCCAACUGAACAGCACAUGGUCAUCAACGCCAGAGUGCAAAGAUUCAAAAGGUGUUGAUGUUGUUCCACCAAGGCCUCCCCUUCUCCCUGUUGAUCCAACAAGUUCUCCCGGUGAUUCCAAAACAGUGUCGCCGUACUGGGGGUUUAUAACAGCUCUCAAUCUCUUCGUGCUCCAGUUCCAUUAGAGGAAGACAAGAUAUUGUAGGCUGGUUGCCCUGACGAUGUUCUACUGAUUACCACACCAAGCCGAGAGGGAAGAAUUAUCACUAGACCAGGAUUUGAAUGUAAUCUCCCGCCAUAUGCAAACAAUUCAACUGGGGUCCACAGUCAAUAUAAUUGGCACAGUUGGAUGCUUGCCAAGAAAUAUAAUGCAUACUGUAUUCAUCCAUAUGUAUCUCCUGUUCUUCUCAAUCAGAGGAGUGUUUUUUGGUGCACGCAUGCUUUUCUAAUCAAUCUGGAAUCUGUUCACUUGGCAUCUGAAGGACAUCGAUCACAAAAUCAUAUUGCUUUGCCUUAAGCAUAGCUUACUCCAAUGAAUGCUUCCGAAUUAAUGCUGUAUUAGAUUGAUAGUGUUACAUUCAAUUAUUUAUUUCUCUUCCACCUUCAACAUGUUUAUUUGCCACGUUUUAAGUUUUGAGAAAAGGUCAAUGCGUUUGAUAGAAACAUUUCUGGCUGCAUUUGCUGCCAAAGUACAAUUAUUUGGUUGAUUACUUUGCCAUCAACCCUGUAUUGUAAACCUUAUUGUAGAUUGAUUUUUGUUAAGAAAAGAAAAUGGAGCCGUUUUGUAUUGCUACUCGUUCUUGGUUGGUCUAUUUGGCCUUGGUCGUUUUGAACCCAAUUUAUGGUUGUAAGCAGAUGAAUUAAACAAGCCCUUUUUGGAGGGGCUUGUUUUUAACCAAUGGGUUGUUUAGUUGUGGAGUUGACGUUAUUGGGUUGGAUGUGUGAAUGUAAAAUAAAAUGUUUUUUUUACUGUGGUCCCCCACUCAAAUCUCUAAAUGUGGAGGUAAAACAUUUAUAUUUAUUUUAAAUUAAUCAUCGCCCAAUGUUUGAGGUAUGUAUUUUUUGACAAUUUGCACUUAUAGGCUUUGCUGGGGCCGUAGCGCCAUGGAGACAUUCUGUGGUUGUAAAUAAUUGAAAUGAGGUAUAAAUAUGUGUGCAGAUCAAAUCUGAAGCCUCAGAUCAUUGUGUUCCAAUCGUUUGCUAUCGAUUUUCCACAUUCUAAAUGUGACAAAAUGUGAAAAGCGAAAUAAAUCUAUUGACGCCAUUUAAAAAUAUCUAUCAAAAUGGUCAACUGCAUUAGUAAUAUCCAUAAUUUAUUAGCAUUGUAUUUCAUUGUGCCUUGACAACCAUUUGAUAUGAACAUGAGCUUGAAAUUAUAAAAAUGAUUAAAGUACUUCCGUCCACGUUCUGUGUUACUGUACUCU